AUGGUAGAGGUCGUGGUCGUGGCCAGGGCAGAGGCCGUGGAGGUAGAUCAGGUGAUUUCAACAAUAGAAACGAUGAAAGAUCUGAGGUCGGAGAGGCUCGGGACAGCUCGGAACAGUAAACAACCCACAAACAGCCCUAUUUCGGGCUUGGCCGGAGCAAGCUUGCUCGGCCGGCUUCCGGGCCACGGGCGCGCGCGCGGGCUAGGAUUGAGUGUGGGGGAGGGAAGGAACAAGGUGCUCACCUUAGGUGGCGACGAGGGGAGCGCGCGGGCGACGGCAGAAUCAACCAGCCCGCCCAGGUUCGGCUCAGGUCCAGUGGGCACGCCACUUCCGGCGGCGGCCGGGGCACCUCGGGCCGACGGCGAGGGUCGCUCGAGGUCGGAGGGUGAGGAGGGAGGAGCCGCCAGCCGCGAGGCGCGGCAAUCCGCGGCUCGGGCGGCGGCCACCGAGCUUGGUCGGUCAGAGACCGGGGCACUCGGGGCCGCCCACGGCGCGCACGCAGCCGGGCGACCUCUCCGACGGGGUGGGGGUGCCGGAGGUCGAGACGGAGGCCACAAGGUGGGAAAAGGGUGGCUGGCGCCCAUAGGUUGGAGCUACCGAGCAGACCUGGAGCGGCUGCAGGAUGGCCGCAGCGGCGGCAGCAGCCCGCAGGGGCGGCGGCAGUCGGCGAGGAGGGAUGCCGGGUCUCCGGGGAAGACGGCGGGAGCCGUCUCAGGCGGCGGCGGCGCACGGGCUGCUGCUGGAACUCGGCUCGGCCGAGCCUUGUCCCAGGCGGCAGAAAUCGGCCUGGGCGGCAGCGGCGGCGCUAGGCGACGAUGGCGGUCGGCGGGGAUGCUCGCCGGAGCACGGGGUGACACCGGCGGAGGUUAUGUGCUAGGAAAGCAUCAUAGGGACUCUUUUCCGAGAAAAAGCAAUUGGAGAGCCAAAGAACCAUUAGAAUUGAUACAUGCAGAUGUAUGUGGACCAAAUGCAGACACCGUCGUUCAGCAACAAUUACUAUUUUGUAGUUUUCGUGGAUGA